UUUAAAGCACAGAACUGUUACCCUUCGCAGACGGCCUGUUGGCGGCUUGGGCCUGAGCAUCAAGGGAGGCGCCGAGCACAGAGUCCCUGUCGUCAUAUCAAAAAUAUUCAAGGACCACGCAGCUGACCAAACAGGGAUGCUGUUCAUAGGAGAUGCCGUUCUGCAGGUUAAUGGCAUUAAUGUAGAAAAUGCAACCCAUGAAGAAGUGGUGCAUCUUUUGAGAAAUGCUGGCGAUGAAGUGACCAUCACUGUUGAGUAUCUCAGGGAAGCACCAUCAUUUCUGAAGCUCCCGUUAGGGUCCCCGGGACCAUCCAGCGACCACAGCAGCGGGGCGUCCUCUCCCCUCUUCGACAGCGGUCUGCAUUUGAACGGCAACUCCAGCAACACAGUGACCCCUCUGCUCUCGCUCUCGGAACCUGCAGAGUCGGACAGCCAGCAUUCUUCCUCAGGGGGUUCCCACGAGGAUGGAGUACAGCCCCUCGAGGGUGGCACUCAACGCUGA